AUGUCCGUCUGGUCCCGAUCGAUCGUCUGCGUAUUGCGACGGAGCGGAGGAUGCAAUGGCGGCAUUUGGUUUUCCCAUGGCAGCUCAUUCAAGUUGGAGGAUUUUCUGGGAAGCGGAACCCAGCUCAGAUGGAGAAGAAGUGCCCAUCGGCUUGGCAUACUCU